CCGCCGCCGCCGCCGCUGGCCCUCCGCACCCGCCUGAGCUACGCGGUGGGCCACUUCCUGAACGACCUGUGCGCCUCGAUGUGGUUCACCUACCUGCUGGUCUACUUCCACUCCGUGCUGGGCUACAGCAGCCGCCACGCGGGGGCGCUCUUGCUGGCGGGGCAGGUGGCCGACGGCAUCUGCACCCCCCUGGUGGGCUACGAGGCCGACCAGGCCGGCGGCUGCGGGCGCUACGGCCGGAGGAAAUCCUGGCACCUGAUCGGAACUGUCAGCGUCCUCCUGUCUUUCCCGUUCAUCUUCAACCCCUGCCUGGGCUGCUCGGAGAACACCCCUGAAUGGGCUGUCCUCGUCUACUUCAUCCCCUUCGUGGUCAUUUUCCAGUUUGGCUGGGCGGCUACCCAGAUCUCUCACCUCUCGCUCAUCCCAGAACUGGUCACCAGCGACCACGAGAAAGUGGAACUCACGGCCUUCAGGUAUGCCUUUACUGUCGUAGCGAACAUCACCGUGUACGGGCUGGCGUGGCUUCUUUUGCACUUCGAGGUGGGCCGUAGAGGGGCCCCAAACCUUGGCCGACAAGAUAUCCCUGUCUUUCGGAACUUGUCCCUGAUUGUUGUGGCUGUGGGGGCCGUUUUCUCGCUGCUCUUUCAUCUCGGCACCCCGGAGAAGACUCGCCCGCCCAGCUGGGUGCCCGAACCCGAAGAGCACACCCCGCUGCUUUCUGAUAGCCAGAAAAGACCCGUUCGACCCUACCUUCUCUGGAAACACUGGCUUCUGGAACCUUCCUUCUACCAGGUGGCGAUGCUUUACAUGGCCACCCGGCUAAUGGUCAACCUGUCUCAAACCUACAUCGCCAUGUACCUCACCAACUCCCUGAUGCUCCCAAAGAAAUUCAUCGCUACCAUUCCUUUGGUGAUGUACAUCAGCGGCUUCCUCUCCUCCUUCCUGAUGAAAACUGUGAACAAGCGGGUUGGCAGGAACCUCACCUACUUCCUGGGUUUGCUGAUCAUCCUGGCAUUUGCUUCCUGGGUGGCCCUCACGGGAAACAUGGGCGUAGAGGUUUACGGGGCAGCGGUCUUACUCGGGGCCGGCUCAGCCACCAUCCUAGUGACGUCCCUCUCCAUGACAGCUGACCUCAUCGGCUCCAAUACGCACAGCGGCGCAUUCGUUUAUGGGGCCAUGAGCUUCACGGACAAAGUCGCCAAUGGGCUGGCAGUCAUGCUUAUCCAGAACCUGCAUCCUUGCCCGACUCUACUGUGCUGCCCGGGCUGCGUGGCCUUCUACCACUGGGUGAUGGUUGCCGUCACCGGCGGCAUCGCUGUGGUGGCCAGUCUUUUCCUUGCCUGCAUCAUGAUAUGGCCCAUCCGGAUCCGAUUCCAUGAUGCUUCUAUCACAGGGCUGGUCGGAUCGAGGCCGAGAGAGCCAGAGCCCUGGGAAGGAGGAGACGAUUCCAGUGUGGUCAACUGA